AUGGAAGAGCAUGGAAUUCCAUCAUUUGCAUCUGGCGAAUUCAACGAUAGUCUUUCCGAGUUCGACUGCACCCCGCACAUUACAUUCACCACACAUGGAUUCUACAACAAACCUCACAUCGACAAAGGUGACGCUUCCGAGUAUGCUUUUGCACUCUUUGUGCCAACUAAAACUUCUGACGGUACCCUGGCCGACCCCUCGAUAGAGGCUGGAGCUUCUGGUUGCCGAUUUGUCUUUCCUGAUUACCAAUGUUAUAUUGCUUUCCAGCCGCAAGUUGUUGUUAAGUUGCUGUGGGCUGCAAAUCGUUGCAAACACUGCACCCUGCCUGGAUUUGAACCAAGAGGGUUCACACAAAUGGGAAUGUCGCUUCAGAUUACCAAAAAGGCUAUGAAUAUAUGUAGUGCAAUCAAAACUGGGCUUAUAUAUCUACGAAAAACUUACCGGGAUAAGAAAAAUCUCUACUUUGGCGGGCAUCGAAACUACAUGGGGAACCGGGGCAAGUGA